CGGUGCGACACGACAUGCGCGCUAAAUGGGAAAACAGGGCACGACAAGCAUGACGAGAUUUGGAAUGUUCUUUGGAUUUUAAAGGCUGUUCUGGAUCACUUCCGCUGAAGAACUACGUGUAACAGUACAAUCGUCAGCGUACCGUACAUGUACAUGUAUGCACAAUUUUCAAUCCCCAGGAAUAGCAGAGGGAAGGUCCAUAGUAAAGAUAACAAACAGAAGUGGAGCAAGAAUUGAGUCUUGUGGAACAUCAGUAUUGAAGGGGAGAGGAUCAGACUUGGCCCGCUCGUCUAUUGAUUUCAGACAAUUGUUGAUCAAAUCAUGCAAAGUGGUCUCCGUCGAAUGCAGUGGUCUAAAACCAGAUUGGCAGGCACUGAGGUGUAUAGGAGUUUUCAUGAAGAUGAUGGAGCAAGGAAUGGCCGAUGUGUGGGCAGCAUCAGCAGAGAGAGUAGAACUGAUAGCUUGGAUGAGUUCAGCCACAUAGAGAAUGAUGAAGAUGACUCUGACGUUAGCCGUAGCACAGACAGUGAAAUUAGCAAGCGCAGGAGAAACUCAAGUUUCAGUGCGGACUACGGUAACAGCGACCCUGACAGUGAUGAGGAACUAGAACAGUGGAUGGAGAUAACAGCAGGUGUUGAAGGGUAAGCAGCGUAGUUGGCCCCCUGCCUGUGGACUCAUCUUCUGGCAUCACUGCCCUGAUAG